UCACGCUUCUACAUUGGAGGGGAUGGAGGCAGCGCAGGGAGCAAAGAAGACGUGCCUGUGACCUUGUCGAAUGUCCUGCUGCACAACCGCCCGUUGGAUGACAAUGAGAUCCGCGUCCUCAACGCAAACAAAAUUUCUAUUCCAAAGCUGACAGAUCUGAAAACAUUGGCGGCAAGAGCAACGGAUGAAGGUACCGCUCGUGGCAGCACUGUUUGCGGAGGCGGACUGCUGCCGCUGCUCCUUCUGCUUGGAUUGUGGGGGAUUGCCGCUUCUUGA